AGGACACAUUAUAUGAGUCCAGAAGCUACGACUGAGCUUCAUUCAACGAACUGAGAAGGAAUUUCUAUCAACCCUUAAAUGCAAUCGCUGAACUGAUGAGGGUCACUGCAUAGCAGAUGUCAAUUCCUACCGAGGUCACUGGAUACCUGAGGUGGACUAUGGAAUCAGAACAGAAGUCUGAAAACCAGGACCGACAGAACGGACAUACUCUUAAGGACACUGUCGACGAUGGGGACGAUGAUUUUGUCAUGGAACCUUGCGGAGUGGGCCCUUGUCGACCCUCGCUUUUCCAGCAUAUGGCAAGCAUCCCGUGUUUUGUUGGAUGGUACAGCAUCAUUGGACUUCUAUCGCAGUCCUUGAAUACGUAUUUAGCCUCUCAGAUCCCGAGCAUUGAGAAACAGUUUGGUUUGUCGAGUGCCUUUAGUGGCAUUCUGCUGAGUUUCAACGACAUCGGAUACCUAAGUGUAUGUCUGUUUAUCAGUUCAUUUGCUCCAUAUAUGCACAUACCACGGGUUCUUUGUGCGGCGUUCCUCCUGUACGGGUUUUCAGGGUUGAUUUGUAGUCUACCACACUUCGUCAGCCUUGCCAGUGGCACGCUACCAUCGCUGACCCCUAAUGACGUCAUAAAGGACAACCUCUCAUCGUCUCUACUGCUUUCUCCGAUAAAAAGCCAGGCAUUUCCUCUAUGUGAUUUGGUUUCCGGAAAUACUUCUAUACUAACUGAUGACGCAUGCGUAAACAAAAUGAACAAGGGGAGCGACACAGACGAAACCUAUAGUAAAGUCCGGACAAUUUUUCUAGCCAUAUUCGGAACAGGCAUGGUUCUUCAAGGUAUAGGAAAAUCAUUACGAGGCCCUUUUGUCACAGUGUAUAUUGACGAUAACGGCGAGAAAAGGAAAACUGGAUUCUAUCUAGGAAUUAUCAUUGCCCUUGCUAUAGCCGGUCCGUCGAUUGCCUUCGUUGUGGGUGGUAUAUUCAGCAGGAUUUACGUCACUUUGGAAGAUGUGGACAUUUCCCCUCGGGAUCCUCGGUGGAUUGGGGCGUGGUGGAUUGGCUUCAUGAUGUUUGGAGGUGCAGCUGUUAUCUUUGCAUUGCCUAUGGCAUUUUUCCCCCGUCAUCUUAAAAAACCAAAGGCGAUCAUCGUUAAAGGAAAAACAACCAAGGACAUGAAAAUAAUGGGAAAAAUAAAAGAGCGGCUGACAUCUUUCAGGCGUUGUUUUUCGAACACUGUGUGGCUUUGUCUCCUAUUUAGCACCACGCUCCACCUUGGUUCCAUCGGCGGGUAUUUAUCGUUUCUAUCUAAAUACAUCAAAAUACAGUUCAACAUUCCUCUCUGGCAGGCCAACAUGAUUCUCGCGUCUCUCAAGGUUGCUGUCGGAUUAGGAACAUUUGUGGGAGGCCUACUGACAAGGAUGAUCAAUCUCACACCUAGGAGGACUAUUGGGCUAAUGAUAUCUAUUUAUACUAUAUACGUGGUAGUGUUCACCUCGUCUCUCUUCCUAGGAUGUGACCAGCCUAAAUUUGUUGGCCCUGAAAAAUAUCACCCUAAUCAGAACGUAACGACACAAGGCUGUUCCAGCGGAUGUGAUUGUAAGGAUGAUGUGUUUUUCCCUGUUUGUGGUUCAAAUGGCGUCAACUAUCAUUCACCCUGCUACGCUGGCUGUUCCGCAGCCCCACAAAAGGGACAGAUUUUUAACAACUGUACGUGUAUUCCGGAUGGGAGAGCGACCUCUGGUGAAUGUGAGUCCGACUGCAAUACCAUAUACCCAUUCGCCGUGUUGUGUGUAAUAGGAGGACUACUUAAUGCGCUGCUCAUUUCACCGGGCUACAUUGCAAAACUCAGAUGCGUGGAGGACCGAGACAAAGCCACUGCAUUAGGCUGUAUGGCCUUCUUCGGAUCCGUUCUGGGUUGGAUGCCCACUCCGAUCAUUAUUGGGAAGGUUAUUGACACAACAUGCAUUAUUUGGCAAAACACAUGCGAGUCUUCCGGAGCAUGCUUGUAUUAUUUACUGUCAGGACUGCGGAUCAAAGUCAACAUAGUCAUCCUUGGGUAUAAGGUUGUAUCUCUCGCUCUCCUAUUUCUGGCGUUAUAUUUGGUCAGGAACCUUGAUGAAUGGCCACAAAAUGCCGCCAGGAAGGAAGGAACGUCUGAGAAGGAUGUAACAAGUCCGGAGGAGAUGAAAACACUUGUUAGUGUUGAAGCGGAGGUGAAUGAUGAACAGAAUGAAAAGAUUCCUGCUGUUUGAUGGAGAUAGAAAUAUACUGUUCAUGUAAAAACGUUUGCGGUCGAAAUAACAUAAAGCAAAUAUACACGUAUUUUAAAUUAAUCUAAAACACAUAUAUUAUUCUGUAAAUUCAACUUGGAAGAAUUAAAAUGUUAUAAAUAUAUUCGUUGAAAUGCAAAAUUCAUCGGUUAAUGCCAAUUUUCAGAGAACGUUAAGUUAACAUAUUUGAAUUCAUAUCAGAACUUCAUUACCAUGUUGUUGUCAUGGUGCAAGUGUGAAAAUAACUUUUCUUAUCGAUGGAAUCAUUGUAUAUGUUUCACUGUGGCAGUACUCGGGUCAUGUGCUAAAGAUGAGCAAAAUUCGUGCAUAUCUGUCUCUGUUAUAAGUGCAUCCUCAAUUCUGAUAUGCCGUUCGUGAUAUGUUUAUUUUGUUUUACAUUUGAACGGUUGUAUAACCCAAAGGCCCAAUUCUGAUUGAUUGUCUUUUUCGGGCAAUUCUUUCCAGUCAAAAGCCAAUUUAACAUCAAUAAUAUUUAGCACAGAUAGUCGUAACCUAUUACAAAUAUUGUUUGAUUACAACGCCUCGAAGAAAAUAUUAAAUUCUUAAAAAAAUGAA